GCCACUUCCGGGGGCGCCACAGAAGUCGCGGGGCGCGGGGGCUGCCGUGAGAUGCCCGGGCAGAGAGCGAGUUAGCGGGCUGCGGCCCCGGGACGGGCCGCGCCGGUACCUUUGCUGGAGCAGGUUAGCAAUGGUCCGUAGUGGAAAAGAUGGUGGGCUCCACUUGAAGCAGAUUGCACAUUACAAGCGAACAGGGGAGUAUCAUCCCACAACUUUACCGAGUGAAAGAAGUGGAAUCAGGAGAGCAGCCAAAAAAUUUGUUUUCAAAGAAAAUAAGUUUUUCUAUGUUGGAAAAGACAGAAAAAAAAUGCGCCUGGUAAUUGUUUCAGAUGAAGAGAAGAAAAAGGUGCUUGAGAAAUGCCACAAAAAUGCUGCUGGCACUCAUCAUGGCAUAUCAAGGACACUGACUUUAGUGGAAUCUAAUUACUACUGGACCUCCAUAACAAAUGACGUCAAGCAGUGGGUACACGCUUGUCAGCAUUGCCAAGUGGUAAAGAAUACAACCACCACAGCACCCAAAACAAACCCUUUUAAAGCAGAGGACCCAUGGACAGCAGUUAAUAUAGACCUAAUGGGACCUUUCAAUGUUACCAACAGAAGCCACAAGUACAUCAUAAUUAUGACAGAUUUGUUUACAAGAUGGGCUGUUAUCUUGCCUCUGCAUGACACUUCAGCAGCUGAAAUUGCUAAGGCAGUUGUAACUGUGUGUUUCCUAUAUGGGCCACCUCAAAAAAUGCCUAUGGCUCAAAGGAAAGAGCUUGUUUAUCAGGUAAAUGAAGAACUGUUUGCCCUGUUUGGAAUGAAACAGAUUGUAUGGUCUUAUACUCAGACAGAUUAUGUAAAUGAAAGAACAUGCAAGACAAUAAAAGUUUUCCUUAACAAAUACUGCACCGACCAUCCAAAUGAUUGGGAUGAACAUUUGUCUGCUAUUGCCUAUGCUUUCAAUCUGACAAAUUUGGAGCCAUAUCAAAACACUCCAUAUUUCCAAAUGUUUAAUCGAAAUCCACAUGUUGUUGAGCCACUGAAUAUCUGUGUGGAAGGGGAAUACAGUAUGUUUGCCAAAAUAUUUGAAGCCACUAAAAAAGCCAGUCAAGCACUGGAAGAAGAGAAGAUCUCAGAUUGUCAGGUGAUGAAAAAUAAUUCAGAUGAACAAAAAAUCAGAGACAAGAUCACUGUCAAAAGGAAGCCAAAACAGUUAAAUACACUUCGACUUAAAGUUGGUCAUGAAGUCCUCAGGCAAAGAAAAAACUGGUGGAAAGAUGGUCGUUUCCAAUCAGAAUGGGUUGGUCCUUGUGUUAUAGAUUAUAUUACAGAUAAUGGCUGUGCAAUAUUAAGAGAUGCUACAGGAUGCAAGUUAAAAAGACCCAUCAAGAUGUCUCACCUCAAGCCAUACAUAAGAAGGUCCAGUGGAAAAGACAACCAUUACUUUUUACGAGGUGCAGUAGUUGUUGACCAUGACUAUAUUGCCUUAUCUGAAAAAUCCUAUAAUCCAAGCCAACAAGAGUCUGCUGCUGAUGGAGAAAUAGAUGCCUACACAAGAGAUGUCAUGUCUGCUGUGCAAAUACCACCUGCAGCCUGCAAAGACCAAGAAUCAACAGAUGGCAUCUGGGGCUUGUUUUGGAGCCUACACUUGAGCCCUGGCAUUCUUCGCCUCCCUGCUGGCACGGUCGCACGGUGGCAGCCUGUCACCGCAGGAGCGCGCCCUGCGCACCCGGCACAGGCUCCGCCACCGCGGCACGGCGAAUGCAUCAUGCCUGAAGAAACUGUUCCCAGUGUUUGUUUCUCUGAGUGUUUCUUUCCCGAACUACACUCGCAGUAAAUUACCUGGUUACAGGAAAAACUAUAACUAGAUUGUAAUUAUGGAAGCAAUGUGACUUGCAUUGUGUGAAGGCUGUACAACUGUUUAAUGUAUAUUAGUUAGAGUACAAAAAUAAUCUGCUUAUGCAUUAGGUAGUUUAUACCAUAACUGCCAACUGUGACAAACAUCCAAUAGAGCUUUGCAGCUUCCUAAGAACUGGGCACCUUUCAGUACUCGUUAAACCUUGGUUGCUGUGAACAGGAUCUCACAAGUGCCUGGAAGAAAGCCAUCCAUCCCUUCAGUGUGCAACCUGAGACCCAACUUAAGGAAAUACCACAGAAUUGUGGGAUUCAGUUCUUUUCCUUGCAAGUAAUUUUCUCUUGAGUGGCAGUCCUAGGAUGCGCUGAAGAAAGCAGUAACAAACAUGGCAGGGAGGACUUGGGAGACGAUAUCAAAAUAUUAAAGAAUGCAGUAGCCACGGCAGGGUUCUGCUUAUAAAAACCUACAUGAUAAAUAGCAUCAUAUCCACAUAUGUGUUAUGUGGAUAUCCUGUUAUGGCUGGAUAUGUGGAGUACUUUAUCCCCAUUUUGAUAGAAUUCUUAAAUUCUAAUUAAAAAAACCCCACGAACACAACAAAACCAAACAACAACAAAAAACAAACACCAAACAAUCAAAACAAAACAAAUCCCGAACAUUUGUUUCUCAUAAGUUUCCAUUUUUAAGAUAAAUGUAAUUGGUAAUUAAUCAUAAUUUCCCUGGUUUACUGAACUGUUACCACUACUUGCUAGGAACAGAUUGUCCCAUUGCAUCUUUAAAAUGGUAUUUUUGGCACAGUUCGGUAAAAAAAAAAACAAAAAACAAAACAAAAACCAAAAAACAAACAAAAUUGCCUCUACAUCAUCUGUGUAUUUUUUUAAGUUGUACAUUGAAAUCAGACAGAACUUCACAUGCAGUAUUUUGUGCUUCACAUGCAAAUAAAACUCAAUAGGAAACACUAGGAGAAAGGAGCUUAAAGAGAGGAGCAGUUCAGCAAACGUGACUUCAUGAGCUGUACAUUUUAGAAAAUUCUAGUGCAGCUCUCCCUUGUACCUCUCCAAAUACAUGUGUAACAAAGCCAGCUGAAUGCUCCUUUACGUUUUCCAGCUGCCAUGUCCCAAAACAGCAAGAAGGUCACAGGUAUUACUUGGAUAAGUAGCUGCCACAAGAGAUUUGAAAUCUUCCUUUACAGUUAGCUCCCCUCUUCUGUCAGUAAUGUUUAGCUAUGUAGAUUUUUUUCACGAGUUUUUGAAAGUAGUUUGAAGAGCAGUUAUAGUGUAAAUUUUGCUAAUAUAUUUUGAUAAUUCACAAUGGAGAAAAAAUAUUUUCACAUUUAAGAAUUAACAAGUAAAGUCAAAUCAGGGUGCUAGCACUCUAGGAUUUACUAUCAUAUAUUUUACAUGGAACAUACAAUAGCCUAAUUUAAGCUAUUAAUUUUAAUUGACCUGGAAACUUAGUUCUGGUGUGAUUUGUUUCUUUGUUUAUUAGUGCAUUACAUCCACACAAACUGUGCCUUAUAUAAUAAUACAGUCAAAUUUUGAAGUAUGUCCUAAUAUGCACUUAAAUAAUAAAUUUUUAAUUGCUUUGUAA